AACUUUAUUGGUAGCGGUCCUUGGCGUACCAUAUCAAACAUGGGGGCACGAGUUGCACGUAUGUUCAGAAAUUUCAACCUAGAAAACCGGGUACACCGAGAAAUCUCCAAGGAGAAGCCGCGAGUAGCACCCCGACACGAGACCGGCCUCCCGCCCUCCGCCGCCAGCUCUGAAGCCGCGGAGACCGCGGAGACCGUGAACCGGAGGAACGAGCCUCUGCUGACCCUGCUCCGGGCCGUGUAUGUGGAGUCUACAGACCCUGCAGCAGCAGAGGCACCAAAGGAAGUGGCGGCGGAUAAAGCAGCGGAGCGGCGGCCGCUGAGGUUCCGUUUACCGGGGGACGUUUACGGCCUGGUGGAGCUCACAGACGUUCCUAAAGGCAAGCUGACCAUCGCUGAGGCUCUGAAGGCCCUGAGCAGCCACCGCCGUCAGCCCCAGACAUGGACGCCGCAUAAGAUCGCUCAGGAAUAUUCUCUGGACUUGAAGGACACAAAAGCUCUUCUAGAGUUCUUCAUCCCCUUCCAGGUUCAGAUCAUACCACCCAAGUCUGAAAAUGCCAAGCAGAUCAAGGCUUCGUAGGACUGCACUGUAGGAGAAUGGUAGACAGUCAACAAAAUAUGACUCCCUCCACUUAUUUAUGUACAUAAAUGCAUCGCAUUGGGAGAGUCCCUCAAGUUUCUCGAGCCUGGGGUCUGGACCCAAUGUGGGGUUUCUAGAUAUGUAGAUGGACUCAUGGGAUGUGUCUUAGGUUUUACUGAUAUAUAGCCAAUCUUGGAACCCGUCAGCUAUCGGUCAAAUGAUGAUUCAGCCUGUGGGGGGGAAACGGUCAAUAUUUCUGGUGUUCCGGUGCAGCCAGCAGAUACCCGGGCCAAGUUAAAGUCUACAGCUGGGCCUUAUGGAUCAUAUAUCAAAUAUCACAAUAUUUUUGACCAAGCGCAUCAAUGUCGAUAAUGUAGGGUUGACUAUUGGUGCUUUCACAAAAUAUUAACACAAUGAGAGUUUUGAUAAAUAAUCACCAAUAACGUGGAUACAAUGACUAAGCGGUAAAGGUAAAUAACAACAGCUAGUAGGUCUGGUAAGUUCAGAAUAUACAUCACUUUACUGUAAAGCAGCCUUUAAAACCAGGGAAAGGCAACACUUGUUACAUCACGAUAUCCAAAAUGUAAGACGAUACCUAGCCUCACGUAUCAUUGUCGAUAUAAUAUUGAUAUAUUUCCCACCCCUAGUUGAAAUUGAGAGACGAUGUCUCUAUAAACAGAUAUCUGCAUAUUAAAAAAAGUCAAAUCCUAGCUGAUGGGUUCCCAGAUUGCAUUUCGGCAAAUGCAUUCCGCCUCCUUUGCUCUCCAUGUGGACUGUUUACCUGCAUGCAACCAAAGCCCGCUCAAACGUGAUUGGUCACUACUACUCGGGCUCCAAGCCCAAACUAGAACACUUCCAAUACCAAAAUCUUGUCCCGUUGCCUUCAGAUGCAGAUAUCUGUUUGUAGAGAUUAAUAUAUAGCAAAUGAAAAUAAUCAAAUUAAUAAAGAAGUACAAAUAUUUAA